AUGUCGAUGAUCACAGCAACGACCUGGGUGCCGCGAGGUUUUGCGGCACCUUUCCCGACGAAAUACCAAUUCGACGAGGAGGAGUUUGAGCGCAUCUCCAAGCUGGCCAAGCUGGAACUGGAUGAUGCAAAGGAGGAUCUCGCCGAGGCGCAAGCUGAGCUGACGGGCGAGAAGGUCGCUAAGAAGGAUGAGAGCGAAGACGACGACGACGACGAUGAGAUGCAAGCGACUGGCGCCGCAACACAAGACAUCGACCUCCAAGACGACGACCUGAAGGAGUACGACCUCGAGAAUUACGACAACGACGACGCUCCCGAGGGCGAAGACACCCAAGGCGAGGGCUUGAGCAUGUUUGGAAACGUACGCAACUUGGCAUACCACGGCUCCAAUGCAGAGGACCCCUACAUCACACUCAAGGAGGGCGAGGAGUCGGACGAUGAAGAGCGCGAGGAGAUGCAGAUCCUGCCCACCGACAACAUGCUGCUCGCCGCACGCAUCGAAGACGAAGUCGCCCAUCUGGAGUGCUACGUCUACGAGGAUGACGCCGACAACCUGUACGUCCACCACGACAUCAUGCUUCCCGCCAUCCCGCUGGCCGUCGAAUGGGUCAACAUGCCCGUCUCCAAGCCUGGCGAGCCCGUCCCCGAGAACCAAAAGGCAAACUUUGUCGCCGUCGCUACCAUGGACCCCGACAUUGAGAUCUGGGACCUUGACACCGUCGACUGCAUGUAUCCCAAUGCCGUGCUCGGCCAGGGCACCGCCGAGACGUCAGCACCCACCAUGCCCGGUCAGAAGAAAAAGAAGAAGAAGAAGAGCAAGCAGGUCAACGACGCCUACCACGUCGACUCGGUCCUCGCCCUGUCAGCCAACCGCUUCCACAGAAACUUGCUGGCCUCUGGUUCCGCCGAUACCACCGUCAAGCUCUGGGACCUCAGCACACAACAAUGCGCAAAGUCCUACAACGACUUCCACACCGACAAAGUCUGCGCCCUGCACUUCAACCCCCACGAAGCCCACUCGACCGUCCUCCUGACCGGCUCCUACGACCGCACCGUCUGUGUCGCCGAUCUCCGCGCCGCAGAAGGCACAAAGCCCAAGCGCUGGGGUGUCGAUUCCGACGUCGAGCAAGUCCGCUGGGACCCCCACAACGAGCACGUCUUCUACGUCUCUACAGAAAGCGGUAUCCUCUACGCCUUUGACGCCCGCAACCCUCCCUCCACCCCCGAAAAGACUCAAGCCAUCUGGCGCCUCCAGGCCCACGAGUCAUCACUCUCGUCCUUCUCCCUCAACCCCACCGUUCCUGGUUUCAUCGCCACUGCCUCCACCGACCGUACCGUCAAACUCUGGAACGUGGAUCAAGCCACCAACCAACCCUCCAUGGUCGUGUCGCGCGACUUGGGCGUUGGCCGUGUCUUCUCCACAAACUUUGCCCCUGAUGAUGCAGUAGCUUUCCGUCUCGCUAUUGCCGGAUCAAAGGGUGCUGUCCAGGUCUGGGAUACCAGCACCAACAGAGCUGUCCGUGAGGCCUUUGCCGGUCGUGUCAAGGGCAUUGACGCUACAGAGGUCCAGGAGAGACUUGUUGCUGUUGCCAACGAUGAAGAGGCAAGUGACAGUGACGAGGAUGAGGAAGAGAAUGAGGAUGAUGCCGGUGCUGACGAGCGUGGCUGGGAGAGCAUGUCGGAGUAA